CGGAAUUCUACAUUCAAGCAGGGUCCUGUGCUCUAGACGUUCAAGUAGUUCCACGAUAUUUGAUUUUGUCGUUGAGUCUGUCUGCUAUGAUAGCGUACCCAAUGAGUUCCCGUUCGUUCUUACUGCAACACCAAGCUUGAUGAGUGUGACCUAGGUUUAGCACAUUCUUUGGAAAACAACACAGCCAGCAGGAUGUUUGCGUCGUUGCUGGUUCUCCUUGUGCGCGCGCUCGAGAAGUACCCUAUCUUUCUGAUAUCCUGUUGCGCUGUGUUGCCAUAUUUCCGCUGCCUUUUCUACAGCGAGUGGUACAUCGACGAGCUCUUCGCCAUCGUCCGCAACGAGGAUGCGAAAAACGAGAGCAGUUGGUAUGGCGUUUUUUCGCACGAUUUCUGGGGCAACCCUUUGUGGGCGAAGGGUGGCUGGACGCACAAAAGUUACCGACCCUUGACGGUGCUGUCCUAUUGUCUGGAGUUCUUUGUCAUUGGCGACAUUAAGCCGCAGCCGCUGCGAGCGUUCUCAAUAUGCCUGCAUUGGUUCAACUCGCUUAUGCUCUACUUUGUGGCGUGGAAAUUUUAUGCUGUGAAGGCGCGCGAUGUUGUGCGCUCACUGAAGGACCUACGGCAACUGACCACAGCGUCGGGGGACAUAACACAGAGCAAGGCGGACACGAAGCUGCUAGAGGUCAUUGAGCCAUUCGAGUGCAGACCGCGAGCAGGAUUGAAGAAAUUCCUCCUGUGGGACAACAUACCAGUCCAAAUGCCUAAUGCGUGGAGCGUUACUCUAGCUUGUUGCCUCUUUGCCGCCCACCCAGUGCAUGUCGAGAACGUUGUCUAUCUCGUCGGGCGAGCGGACAUGAUGGCGACCGGAAUAUGGUAUCAUCCUCCACUGGCGCGUUUACUCAUACACUCCAGCAAGCUUCUCUCGUUCCUGAAAUUCACACUGCUUAAAUUUUGCUGGUAGUAGAGCAAGCUAGCGAACUAAGUAGUGCAAGGGCUGUGUGUACUGUGUUGUAUUGGCUAUAAUUACGUUGACGCAUCAAGGCGCAUGAGGUCUAUUUCUAACAGUUGUAUCUUUGUUUGUUACAAGAACUGUUUCCGCUUACUCUCAGGUGUCUCGUUUUCUACGUCUAUCUGGAGAGCAACAGUUUGGCUCUUUUUCCAUUGCAUGCCUUUCUCUGCAUUGUAGCUGGAUUGUGCAAAGAGAGCGGUUUUAUGGUGAUCCCUUUUUUGGUGACCGUCGAGGUGACGCGACCCCGGAAGAGCAUUUUGAUUGGCAUGCUUUUCUUAGCCAUGUUUCUCUGCAUUUUCGGCCUUCGUAGCUACGUCACCGGUGGAACCUCUGCCGGCUUUUCCUUCGUGGAUACACCAGUACAGUACAGCGGGAGCUUACUCACAAGGACCCUCACAUACAUGUAUCAGCAUGCUUUCUACUGGAAACUCAUCAUUAUGCCGUGGCAUCUAUCAUGGGACUACAGCUACGAUACGAUACCGCUUUUGAAAAGUCAUUUUGACGACUACCGGACGCUUCUGAUCGCGGCUGUCUAUUUGCAUGUUGUGUCUCUUGUGGCAUAUUUCAGUCAACAACUCAGCGGCAAAGGAAACAGCAGGCGGAAAUCGCACAUGGGUCUGGUCGGUCUCUUCUGGGUCAUUGUGCCUUUUCUGCCGGCUAGUAACUUAUUCUUCGUCGUCGGCGUCACGGUCGGGGAGCGGCUGCUCUAUUGCAGCACCUGCGGACUGGUAUUCUUCGUGCCAGCCAUCAUCAAUUACCUCUUCUCGGUCGAGACACAGAUCGACCUUCCAAAUCGCAAGGAGACGAGUCUUAGCGGCAAAUACAAUCUACUAGAGGAUCGCUACGCCUCCGAAUUAUCCAGCUUAAAACUGCGCCUGGCGUCAAACAACUUGCUGGAGGGUGGGAUCCCCUCCGCAGCUUUGGACGCGAAGCUUGCGAGUGACGUGAAAUCAGAUGGUGGCUCCAGCAGCACGUCUUCAAGCAGUAGUGGCGCAAAAGCCCGGAAAAGGUCGCGCAGUCGGGGAAAAUCGCCCAAGGGUGGUAAAGCAGCUGCGUUUGCGGAGUUAUCGGAAGAAAACCUGAGAAAUCGGAAUGCGACAGCACUCGCAGAGCAGCAGGAGCAAGCGAAGACAUUACCACGAGGAACUCUCGGGGGCCCCCUUGCACUGCUCGGCUCCACUUCCCUUGACGGAACCACGGUCAGCGUGGCAAUAGAUUUGUGUACCGCUCUGCGAGGCGGGAAAAGCUCUAGUCCUGCUGUUCUCAACGCAGAGGAUGAAAACGCUGAAGGAUCACGAGGACGAGAAGACCGGGAAGACUCAACCCCAACUGCUUCGAGAAGUCGUAGUGCUAAACUUGAGGACGAUAUUAUAGAUAACUUGGGCCGUGGCACUAGCUUUUUACUGGGUUCUAUCUUUGUUGCGUGCCUAGGGUGGCUCACCAUAUUCGUAGUGAAUUGCACACUCCGCGUAGGGCACUGGCAAAAUCGUGAGGUGCUGUUUGAGGUAGACACCGCCGCUUGGCCAAGGAGUUUGAAGAGCCAUCAUCAGCUUGGAACUGUGUAUCAUCGGGAAAACCGCUGGGAAGAGGCGCUGCACCACUACAACAUGUCACUGUCACUUCAUGAUGACAAUGCGUUAACGGACUACUGUAUUGCACAAAUUUAUAUCGAGACGUCGAGAUUCGAACUCGCGAUACCGCGAUUCGAAAAAAUUAUGCAGGGACAUGGGAUAGGGUUCGCUGGCUACAACACGUUUGCGCUCUUCGCGGAUUACGGGUUCACACUUGUGAUCCUGAAACGGUACACUUCAACUUCAUUACUUUAUUGCAGAGUUGAUGAUCUGCUGUUUGUGUGUGAUGAAGCAUUCGUGGUUACUUUAUUACGCCACUACAAAAUGAUGGUCUUGUUUUUUAGCAGGUACGAGGAAGCUGUAAAUGCCUUGGAACAUGGUUUGAAGAUUAACGCUGACCUACCACAUGCGUGGAAUGCCCUAGGGGUAGCCUUUGGGCAUAUGGACAUGCUGCAGGAGUCGCAAGACGCCUUCGCAAAUGGUCUCAAAUGGGAAGCGGAUCAGCCUUUUCUCUGGAACAAUCUGGCCGCCAUCUGGAUGCGGGCGGGUGCUUUUGAGCAGGCACAAAUGGGUAGCCUUAAUACUGGUGUCAGUAUGAUGAUUAUCUUCGAUAGAGGGUGUAAAAAUCUUGCCAAUCAACAAGGAAAAGAUUUUCAUUUUUGCAUGAGUCAACUUAAAGCUGCUGUUAUCAUAGAAGACAGUCUGCAACUGCACCUACAACUACAACUUUUGCAAGGUCACUUUCUUCUGUAAUCUAUCCAGGUGUGAUGAAAGCCCUCGAGGCGGAACCGGAGAACCCCGUUUUUCUCUUCAACAUGCAGCUCCUACAGUUCAUUGCUAAUGGGCAACCGGAGGUGCUAAACGAACACAAGCCACGCAUGGAGAUGUUUUACAACAGAAUGAACUAGAAGUAGUGAAAAAGGACUACUCCAUUUCAACUUGUUCAGCUAACCAAUGGAUUGACACGCACCAGCACUGGGUUGAGAAUAUAGUUACAAGAUCUUCAUCUGAUGUUAACUGAUUACGAACCCUGUUGAUACGGACUAAUGACAUAAUAUAGUACCAAGACGAACUACGACAUUUAUUUGAAGACGUUUCCUGCAUGCACACACACCUCUGUUACCACGUAAGCAACGCGAUUAGAAUUCGUAAGUUUGGGCCAUGACCCGGAUUCCAGCCACGUGGUGGACUUGUAGAGAAGUAGGCAACAAAACAAGAAAAACCUACUUGGUAUGCUGAGGCAUCUGAAUAACCUUACGGAAAGCGGUUUUGUGUGGUACCGGAUGUGGAAGCGAUCUCAGGGCGUCGCUUCAAAGACAAUGUGAGUACUAGACAAGCGGUGCGCUGCGGGCGUGUGCCCUUGGGAGUGC